GUGACAAGAUAUUUGACACUUGAUAUGAAUAAAGAAAUCGUUUACGAUAACAAUUAACAAUUCAAUAACAACAUGUUCUCUAUGAUUCAAUUAAAUUUAUAUAUCAGGUGCCUAAAGUUCUAUGCCAAAUUAAUAAUGGUGUGAUUUUAUGUAUUAUGUGUUUUGUUAACUAUGAUGAACGGAGCAAGCAGCACGAUUGUACCAAAUUCUGUGCUCAAUACUUCUAACAGCAGUGUAAAACAGGAUGCGACAACCAUGAAGGUCGAGAAUGCAAGCAAAGCCGCUACAUCGAAAGAUAAUACACGUGACAGUUCAGAAGAUCUCCUUGAUUUGAAGGGAAAAGUAGAAUCACGAUUAUUGUCUAUGUGGAACAACGUCAAAUUCGGCUGGACGGUGAAGUUAAAAACAAGCUUUUCUAAAGAAUCUCCAGUGUGGCUUUUAGGUCGUUGCUAUCAUCGUAAAUUAAGCCCAAGCGGCUCUUUGGAAUCUUCCACAGAAAUUGGUAUGGAGGCCGGAGCUCUUGAUCCUAUGGAACAAAUAUAUGGCGAGGGUAUAGAAGGCUUUAAGUCCGACUUUAUUAGUAAAGUUUGGAUGACAUAUCGUAGAGAGUUUCCUACUAUGUCGGGCUCUACAUUUACGACAGAUUGUGGAUGGGGCUGUAUGUUACGUAGUGGACAAAUGAUGCUUGCUCAAGCUUUGGUUUGUCAUUUUCUUGGGAGAUCAUGGCGAUGGUCUCCAGAAAAAGCUAUCCAAAAUGCUAGAGAAUUUCAAGAAGACUGUCUUCAUCGAAUGAUAAUUAAGUGGUUUGGAGAUAAAUCAUCUGUUAACAGCCCUCUCUCAAUUCAUCAAAUGGUUAACUUAGGAGAAUCAUUAGGAAAGAAACCUGGUGAUUGGUAUGGUCCUGCUUCAGUAGCACAUUGUCUUAGAGCAGUUAUGGUUGCUGCGUCUAAUGAAAAUUAUGAAUUUGAUAAAUUAGAAGUAUAUGUUGCUCAAGAUUCAACUGUAUAUGUUCAAGAUGUAUAUUCACACUGUAGAUUAGCAAAUGGCUCCUGGAAAUCUCUUAUUUUAUUAGUGCCUGUAAAGUUAGGAACUGACAAGUUAAACCCAAUAUAUGGUCCUUGCCUCACUUCAUUGUUAACUUUAGAUUUUUGCAUUGGAAUUAUUGGUGGUAGGCCUAAGCAUUCUUUGUACUUUGUAGGUUACCAAGAUGAUAGACUCAUUCAUUUAGAUCCACAUUAUUGCCAGGAAAUGGUUGAUGUGUGGCAACCAAAUUUUUCAUUACAAACAUUUCACUGCCGUUCACCAAGGAAAAUGCCUAUAAGUAAAAUGGAUCCUUCUUGUUGCAUUGGUUUCUAUCUAGCCACUCAUCAUGAUUUUGAAACAUUUAUUAACAUUAUUAGUUCAUUUUUGGUCCCACAGGGUGUCUCCACAAGUAAUGAGUACCCAAUUUUUACAUUACAUAAUGGAUCUCGCAGUUCAGUCAUGGAUCCUCCAAAUGUGAGAUAUUCAAUAUAUGAAACGGAACAUCAUUGGAUGGCUCCUAAUAUACAAGAUAGUGAUACUGAUAUGGAAUCAGAAGAAUUUGUUUUGCUUUAACUUAAAAUAUCUUGGAUCCUAUGUAGCUAUGAAACUUAUUAUAUAUAAUUGUUUGAUGUAUAGAGAAGAGAAUAUAAUAUCCUCAAUAGCAUAAAGCAGUAGUAUGCUUAUGGCCUAAUACUUCUAUAUUAAUAUGACUAUAAAAAGCUGCAUUUUAAGAAGUGGAUUUUGUGUGUAUACAUUAGCUUAAAAUUAAUCACUAAAUUGUAAUUAACUUAAUUGAUUUAAUGCUAGAGUGUGAACUUAAAGAUAUAUUAACUUAUUCAUAUGUAUUGUUAUUUAAAAUUUGUAUUACAUGCUAGUUAGUAUAUUAACCAUUUAGAAUAUUUAAAAAAUAAAAUGACAUAUACCUUUGUAGAAAAUGGUUUAUUAUUUCCAGAGUCACAAAGAAAUGAUAUAAUUAUUAACUUCUAAAAAUAACACUGUAAAAUAUUUUUAUAGAACAUGUAAAAAUAAGGGAAAUAUUACGACAUGAUAUUUUACUUAAAUGACCCACUCUAAAUGACUUUAAGGACAAAGUUCAGUAUUACUGAAUUCAAAAUACAACGAAGAAGAUUAUCUUCAGAAAAACCAAUAUCAUAUAUAUCUAGUCAAAUAAGCAGUGUUUAAACUUGUAUUCAAUACUUGAAGAAGUAAAUUAUGCAUUUUAAUUUAGAAAAGCAUGCAUACAAAUGUACAUUUGAGGAAUUUUUAUUUUAAUGGUAUUUUUAAAAAUCUGUUUGU